CGUAUCCGUCAUCCCGUCAUGAAGUAAACAUUCAACAUGGAUGCUAUCCGAUUAAUUUCAUCCGCAUUUUAGGUCAAAUAGAUUGUUUACGAUGUGCGAUUAGGUUUGCAAGAAUAGCUAAUAUUUCCAGAAAAUGUCUUCGGAAAGGGUAGAAUGGGUGGAGAUUAUCGAGCCCAAAACAAAGGAGCAUAUGUAUGCUAACCUAACCACAGGAGAGUGCGUUUGGGAUCCGCCAGAGGGAGUAAAAGUGAAACGAACAGACUCUUCACAAUGGUGGGAACUUUUUGAUAUUAACACGCAUAGGUUUUACUAUUACAAUGCUUCCACACAGACCACUGUAUGGCACAGGCCUACUGAUUGUGACAUCAUACCGCUAGCUAAAUUGCAAACGUUGAAACAAAACACGGACCCUCAAAAGAGACGAGAGACAUCGACUCAGACCAAUCAAGCUGUUCCACAGGUAUCAACAUCGAUCGACCCUGUAAGCAGCAAUGGCAACAGCACGGUGGCUAGCGCCAGCAAACUGUCACCGAGCAACGCUAAGGGUGUCACCGUCUCUCAGACCAGUCCAGUGCGAACCAGGAAAUACAUACAUCAUCAUAGAAAUAGUGGGGAAUCCAGACGCGGGAGGCUGAGUGAAGACGGAACGACUGCGCUGUGUCGACACACCGACUCCGGGCGGUCUUCUGACAGCAGCAUCAGCAGUGCACAGCAGAGGAGGAAACAGGAGCUGAAUGCAGCGCCGUGCAACCCUCCCGUUUGUACCCCGCAAGUCAGGAAGAGGGGCAGCGCGGUGCCGGCCCAUGAACCCGACAAGUGGUCGCCGCAUUCAGGGUUAAACCGCAGCGGCAGUUUCAUAUCACCCAGAAAGGACGCAUCUGACGAUUCGAUGCACGAAAAGUAUUUCAAAUCGGUCGAGAGCACCCCGCUAACGAGGCGCAAGUUAAAACAGCAGUCCGCGGGCGGGUCGUCGUGCGAGUCCGCGUCGCCGCAGAGCCCGAGCAGCCCGCUUCAGAAGCCGCAGCCCCAACCUUUCUUGCAGGCGACAGCUACGCGACCUUCCUUGGUGUCGUCGAUCUCGCUGGCGGCGGAGGCGGGCGGCGCGCGCAUCAUGCACAGCCUGGAGCGCCCGCACCAGCUGUCCAGGCACGCGCGGGAGCGCUACUCGGACAGGCAUUUAGAUAAGGACCGACUAGCCGAAUUGGAGCGCAUGGACCGAUACCCUGAGAAGCAAGCGGUGUACAGCGUGGAUAAGCCCUUCCGCCAAACUAGCUUGGAUUUACGGCACAACGCGUCGUCCAACUGGCACCCGCCUAGGGAAUUUACUAGAACCGCUCAUCUGACGUCUCUCUUACCACCCUUACGUGACAGAAGGCAGCAAGCGGAGCCCGAACGCUACACGUCCAGUAAGACGUCACUAUCGUCCGGCAGCAGCAAGCACCGGACGCCGCCGCACGAGCCUCACCACAACUUCAUGCGGCUGUCCUCCGCCAACGAGCAGGACAGCGUCGCGGCCGCACAGCUUAGGACGCCGCCGCACGAGCCGCACCACAACUUCAUGCGGCUGUCCUCCGCCAACGAGCAGGACAGCGUCGCGGCCGGUGAGUGUCCCUCGUCUCUCAAGAUAGCACAGCUUAGGACGCCGCCGCACGAGCCGCACCACAACUUCAUGCGGCUGUCCUCCGCCAACGAGCAGGACAGCGUCGCGGCCGGUGAGUGUCCCUCGUCUCUCAAGAUAGCACAGCUUAGGACGCCGCCGCACGAGCCGCACCACAACUUCAUGCGACUGUCCUCCGCCAACGAGCAGGACAGCGUCGCGGCCGGUGAGUGUCCCUCGUCUCUCAAGAUAGCACAGCUUAGGACGCCGCCGCACGAGCCGCACCACAACUUCAUGCGGCUGUCCGCCACCAACGAGCAGGACAGCGUCGCGGCCGGUGAGUGUCCCUCGUCCUUCAAGAUAGCACAGCUUAGGACGCCGCCGCACGAGCCGCACCACAACUUCAUGCGGCUGUCCUCCGCCAACGAGCAGGACAGCGUCGCGGCCGAACCGGAACGCUACAAGUCUAGCAAGAUAGCACAGCUUAGGACGCCGCCGCACGAGCCGCACCACAACUUCAUGCGGCUGUCCUCCGCCAACGAGCAGGACAGCGUCGCGGCCGCACAGCUUAGGACGCCGCCGCACGAGCCGCACCACAACUUCAUGCGGCUGUCCUCCGCCAACGAGCAGGACAGCGUCGCGGCCGUUAACUACAAGAUGAAAUGCGUGAAUUUGGAGCCGCCGCUUACGGAGCCCAACGUUCAGAAGCACAAUCAGAGACUAGACAGGACUUCCACUCCCAAGGACCGCACCAAGUCGAGACGUCACAAAAAGCCGGUGGAGAUGGAAGACCCGGCGGUGGACGGCGAGGAAGACGACGAGGACGGUGGCGGCUCGCCACUCUACUGCAACUGGGACCUGCGCGGUAUGCAGCACUUGCUGCCUCUACAGGACUAUAUCAUACAGCAGGCCAAGCUGUCCAGUCGUAGUCGAUACGGCGGCGAAUCGGGCUCAGACAACGAAUCCGGCUCCUCUCGGUCUCGCUCCGGGUCCGAAUCUCGCUCGUUAUCCGGACACGAGCCGGACAACGAGUCCUCGGACGGCGGCGCCCGGACGCCGGACGACGACGACGGCUCCGGAGUAUACUUGCCACAUUCGUACGCGCAUCGGCCGGCUGACGUGGAGUAUAUGAACCAUGGAGUCUCGUACUAUAACACGUUCGUUGGAUUCGAUCGGCAGCCCUCGCCUGGGAUACAUAGAACGUCAUCUCUCGGCGGCGGCGCAAGCGCCAGCGCGACAGCCGGCGCGAGCGCAGCGGCAGGAGCGACAGCGGGCGCGGGAGCGGCAGCGGCAGCGGGAGCGUUGUACAGUCCAGUGCGGUCUCAUGCGCACGCGCACUUUGUCAGGCCUCCCCCAGAACAAGAUAUAGAGAUAUUUGCCAAGGACAACCUCAACUUCAAUAAGGGAAUCUUUAGGAGAAAGCUUGUCAGCCGGCGCGAGCGCAGCGGCGAGAGCGACAGCGGGCGCGGGAGCGACAGCGGCAGCGGGAGCGUUAUACCAGACGUAGCGGGGGUGACCGCGGGGGCAGGGGCGGCAGCGGGAGCGUUGUACAGCCCAGUGCGGUCUCAAGCCCAUGCGCACUUUGUCAGGCCUCCCCCAGAACAAGAUAUAGAGAUAUUUGCCAAGGACAACCUCAACUUCAAUAAGGGAAUCUUUAGGAGAAAGGCUUCAGUCCGAGAUAUGCUAUCGUGGACCUCGUCAUCGAUAAGUGCACCAAUGGUCGGCGCCGACUGGGACAAGGCGCACAAAAAGGCUGCGAUAGACUUGUUCCGACUCGUCCAGAUAUACAUGGGCGACAGAAAAGCCCGCCCCGGGAUGACCUUGAACUCCGUAGCACAGGACAUCUUGCACGCGACGUUUGCUAAUGAGAAGCUACGAGACGAGCUCUACGUGCAGCUAUGCAGGCAGACGACCGAGAAUCCCUUACGAGAUUCUUUACUCCGAGGCUGGGAGUUGCUAGCGGUUUGCCUAGCGUUCGUCCCGCCGUCGCCUGCCUUCCAGCCGGCUCUCAACAACUAUGUGAACCGACACAGAGACCCGGCGUUUGCUGAUGCCUUCCCUGAGGUUGGAAAGUGGCCAAUUCAUGUGCAAGUGUCUCACUAUGCGGGCGUGGCGUGCAAACGGCUGGAGAGGAUCGGAUUCGGCGGCAAGAAGCAACCCAGAAAACCUUCCACCGAAGAUAUAGACCAGGCUAGGAUUCAAAUCUUCCGACAAUCGAUGUUUGGAAACACCCUGAGCGAGGUGAUGGCGUUACAAAAGGAACGGUUCCCGAACCGGCAGCUGCCGUGGGUGCAGGUGGCGCUGUCGCAGCAGGUGCUAGCGUUGAAUGGACGCGAGACUGAAGGCAUUUUCCGCGUAUCGGCUGAUGUGGAUGAGGUCAACGCGCUCAAAGCGAAGAUCGAUAGCUGGGAGCUGCCUGAUGCUUCAACGUUGACAGAUGCGCACGCGCCGGCCAGCCUGUUAAAACUCUGGUACCGCGAGCUAUACGAGCCUUUGAUUCCGGACGCUUUGUACGCGGCGUGCGUGGCGGCCGGCGGCGACGUGCAAGCCUGCAGUCGCGCGUUGCAACGCCUGCCGCCGCUGAACCGCCUGGUACUAACGUAUCUAAUAAGCUUCCUGCAGCAGUUCACCGCGCCCGAAGUGGUGAGUCAAACCAAAAUGGACUCCGCCAACUUGGCGAUGGUGUUCGCGCCAAACUGCCUCCGCUGCACCUCCCAAGACCCGAGGGUCAUCCUCGAGAACGCUCGUAAGGAGAUGACCUUCCUAAAGACCCUCAUCUCCAACCUCGAUACCUCUCACGUCAGAGAUCUUGUUUGACCGUUGAAUCUCAGCUAUUGCAACAACAACGUCGCAGAAAGGCUGACUGAGUUCUCGCAAGCCCACGCUUAAUUUAGAGUCCCUCGUCGACAAACAAAGACGUAUCGAAACGCGAAUUUACACUCGCUUUGCUUCAAAGCGGGCAUUAAAUGCGAGAUACCUUUCUAUAGAAAACGGUCACAUGUCGCUCUCUGCCUACAAAAAAAUCUAGUCUCGUUUCCAUUAAGUUUUCUAUGGAGAACGAAUUCGGCGGGCGCGACGUGCGACCCCUUUCUCACACACCCUCGAGUUAAAAUUGACAUUCUUGUAUAUUUUUUGUAUUUUUGUACGCUAUAUGAUAAUUUUAUUUGGUUGUAUCCAAAGAUAUUUAAAGAGAUGUGAUUUUAAUUAUUAUAAACUUGAGCUUUACAAAAGUGUACGUGCAAUGUGUUUCGGCGGUAUAUGUUAUUUGGAUGAUUGCGUGUUUGUUAUUAUUAGUUACUGUGUAAGAGUGGUU